GAUAAAAUUAAUUCUAUGAAGAAUGUAUUUCUAUGUUUUUGGCGAGUAUCAUUGGACUAUAUGGAUAUAGUCCAAAUAUUAUUGGAUGGAUAGUUUACCCAUCGUAUAUUUUGUGCCUCAAGUAACAUUCAAAAGUUAGAAUUCAGAGUAUCUAUAAAGUAAUAAACAGAACAAUGAGUACACCAACAAUACGUGACGAACCAAAUUUUUUAAAUUUAUCAAAACAAAUUGUACCUAAAAUCACAUUGUUAAAACGUAAAGGUGAAUAUGGACGUGUGGGUAUUAUCGGUGGUUCAAAAGAAUAUACAGGCGCACCAUAUUUUGCGGCGAUCAGUGCUUUAAAAGUUGGCGCGGAUUUGGUAUAUGUUUUUUGUACAAAAGAUUCAUCAACUGUUAUAAAAUCAUACAGUCCAGAAUUAAUUGUUCAUCCAGUAUUGGAUGCCGAAGAUGCAGUUGAAUAUAUUGAAAAAAUGUUGAACCGUUUACAUGUAGUUAUUAUUGGACCAGGUUUAGGACGUGAUCCAAAAAUAAUGGAAACUGUCAAACAAAUUAUAGGAAAAUGCCGUGCACUUGAAAAACCCUUGGUGAUUGAUGCAGAUGGAUUAUUUAUCGUUGCAAAUUGUCCAGAUGUCAUUAGGAAUUAUCCAUUAGCUGUUUUAACCCCAAAUGCAAUGGAAUAUUCACGCAUAUUUAAAGUACCUGUUGAUGCUAGCGAAGAAGUAGAAGUAACAGUUCAAAAGUUACGAGCUUUAGGUGAAAAUAUAAUAAUUGUUAGAAAAGCACAAGUGGAUUCAAUUUUUGAUUGUGAAAAUGUUGUUGGAUGUACUGCUGUUGGAUCAGGUCGAAGAUGUGGAGGACAAGGGGAUCUCUUAAGUGGUUCGUUAGGAACUUUCUUAUCAUGGGCAUUAACAUCAGAUAUAAUUUUAGAAGGUGGGACAACGAAAAAUUUAAAAGCAAUGAUUGCUGCGUAUGGAGCUUGUAGAUUAACUAGGGAAUGUAACGCAAAAGCUUUUGCUAAACUUGGACGAAGCAUGACUACUACGGAUAUGAUUCAAGAAAUAUCUGUUGCAUUUCGUGAAGUAUUUGAAAAAUCCUAAUGGCAUUUAUCACAUUGAUUACUUUUAUUUAGAUUUGUAUACAUAUUUUUAAUUAAUUAUCACUUCUAGUUAACACAUGUAUAUUAUUUUUACAUAUUCUAAAAUAGGUUUAUUGUUCAUCUUUACAACUAUGUAUUUUAAUAA